AUGCUGAGUUCAGAUCGAAUGAUGAGUUAUAUCGUUGAGGAUUCCGGCUUGAUGAAUGCGGGAUGUAGUGGUAGCAAAUCCAUCGAACAAUCUUACUGUGCCAGCAAAUCAACACAAGGUCAUAGUUCUGUUAUAGAUCCGCUGCAAUCAGAAUGUGGAGAAGAUAAUAGCGGCAAUGAAUUGGGAGUUGAUAAUGUGAUGGUGGAGGAGGAUGCCUUGUACAAGGAAAUUUCAUCUGUGACGAAGAAUAAUGAUUUGGCUGUUUUUACUUUAGUUGGCAAGAUUGCAAGAAAUGAGAAAGAAGCUUAUGACUUGUAUAAUGAUCAUGCCCGAUUGAUUGCUUUUCAUGUGAGAGUGGGAAAACAGAAGUUUAGAGGUAAGACUGAUAAAGUUAGGAUGAAGAAGUUCUGUUGUAACCACGAAGGAUACAAGAGAUCCAGUGGAAAUGGUGAUCAUCUGGUUGAUCACAAUCAUGAUCUUGUGAUGAAUGAAAUGAUUGGACUUCUUCGAUCUCAACAUGAAGUAGAUGAAAAUGAUAUGAAGAUAAUCAGAGACAUGACAAGGAGUGGCAUCCCUUUGGUUGAUGCAUAUAAGUUUGUGGCAAAAUUACACGGGGGAAGUCCGAACAUGAAGUAUACUUUGAGAGAUGCCUACAAUGAUGAGCAUCCUGGUGUUGGAUUUGAAGGUGGCGAUUCUGUGAGGGGUGAAGUUCUACGCUGUAGCCAGGGAAACAUCGAUUCAUAUCUUCCUGGUGACCCUUUCCUAGAGAGCAUUUGCAGAGUGUACACAGUUGAAGCAUUUAGGGAGGUUCAGCAGCUGCACAAAGAUGGGAUGUUGUGCAGGCAGGAGCAGUUAGAGACAAAAGGUUAUGGUGCCAGGUCAAGCAUAGCUAAUGAGGGAGAUGGAAAAGCUGCUGGGCCAUUGCUGUGGAAGGCGCUAAUUAUGAGACGAUUUUCAGACUUGGUGUAUGCAAGUGAAUAUAACAAAGAUGCAACGAAAUGUUGUGACGAGGCGGUUGACAAGCUUAAAGAAGAACUUGGCAGUUUCAUUGGUUUGAAUAAUAAUGAUGAGUCUGUAGACAAUGAUGGUGUUAUAAAGAAUCCGGCUGUAAAGAGGAAGAAGUUUGGUCCCAGGAACGAACGUCCUAAAAGCAUUGUUGAGAAGGCAUGUAACAAAGUUAGAGGCAGAAAAACAAAUACAAGAAUUGCUGCUGACCGAACAAGAGCUUCAGUUGCAUCAGACCUGCAUUAUCAAAGCAUGCCAUUUCCUUAUCCAAAGGGAGCUGCUCAAGAUUUUUCAGGCUCAGGAAGUUUUGCUGCUGUGAAUGCUUCCCAUCAAAGCAUGCCAUCUUUGAACGUAAAUCCUGGUGGAUUCUCAUUUACUAAUCCAAGUGUAGCUGCCCAGGAUUUUUCAGGGGCAGGGGCUUCCACUUCUGUGAAUGGUUCUCAUCAAAGCAUGCCAUUCAUCAACAAAAAUUCCGGUGGAUUCUCAUUUCCAAUUCCCAAGGGAGCUGGCCAGGAGUUUCAAGGCGCUAGCACUUCUGCUGCUGUGAAUGCUUCUCAUCAAAACAUGACAUUCAUGAAUCAAAACUUUGGUGGGUUCUCAUUUCCUAACCGAAGGGAAGUUGCCAGGGAGGCUGGAGCGCAGCGUUUUUUCAACAAGAUGUUUUAUUAG